AAAAUUAAGAACCAAAUUUAUAGUAAUCUUGUAUUUCAUAACGUCGACAUUGAGAAGAUAAAGAGAUUGUUGUUUUGGAUUGGAUUGGAUUGGGUGGUAGCAGUCAAAAAAGGUUGCUUCACUUCUUUCAGAUAGAAUUCUCCAAUAAAAUUAGGAAUUUUUUUUGUGAGAGACGAGGAGGAUGUUUGGACUGAAAGGGCCAUCUGGGUUCUCAAGAUUCUCAACAGCCGAGGAAGUUACCCAAGGGAUUGAUGGGUCGGGUUUAACCGCCAUUGUUACAGGAGCAUCUAGUGGCAUUGGGACUGAAACUGCACGGGUUCUUGCACUUCGUGGGGUUCAUGUAGUUAUGGCGAUCAGGAAUAUGUCAGCAGGGAGAGAGGCGAGAGAAGCAAUCCUAAAGCAAAACCCAACUGCCAAAGUCGAUGCCAUGGAGCUGGAUCUCAGUUCCAUAGCAUCAAUAAACAAUUUUGCAUCAGAUUUCAAGUCAUCAGGUCUUCCACUCAAUGUCCUUAUAAACAAUGCAGGAAUCUUGGCAACCCCAUAUAUCCUCUCCAAAGACAAAAUAGAGCUACAAUUUGCAACUAAUCAUGUUGGCCAUUUUCAUUUGACAAAUCUUUUACUAGAAACCAUGAAAAAAAGUGCAUGCGAAAGUAGUAAAGAAGGAAGGAUUGUGAACGUCUCAUCACGUAGGCACCAGUUUUCUUACCAUGAAGGGAUUCGCUUUGACAAGAUUAACAAUCAAUCCGGGUACAAUGGUUUAUCUGCAUAUGGUCAGUCAAAGUUGGCAAAUGUUCUCCAUUCUAAUGAGCUUACAAGGCGCUUAAAGGAGGAUGGAGCGGAGAUAACGGCAAACUCAGUUCAUCCAGGGGCAAUCGCCACCAACAUCUUCCGCCAUCACAGCUUUUUUAGCGGUCUUGCUAACAUCUUUGGUAAAUACGUGCUUAAAAACGUGCAUCAGGGAGCAGCAACUACAUGCUACGUAGCAUUGCACCCACAAAUUGAAGGAAUCAGUGGCAAGUAUUUUGUAGACAGCAAUUUAACCGAACCAAGCUCACAAGCUAACGAUCCCCAACUGGGACAUAAGUUGUGGGAUUUCACCGCGCAUUUGAUCAAGGAAAACUCUCCCCGAACUCAUCAAGAUUCUUGAGAACUGAUUUUUUUACCGGUAUGCAGUUGUUCAGUUUUGGGGGCUGUUUGGUUGGUUUUACAUUUAAGUCCUGUAUGGAUAAAGUUGUUUGUGUGGAUUAGUCUGUCUGUAUAGACUAGGAAGAUUUUGUUAGGGAGGGAUUUUUCAUAGAUGGAAGGAGGGUGUUCUUUACUUGAGAGAGGCCGGUUUGGGAAAAACUUGGUUUUUUCUGCAUA